CUUCCUGUCUUUGUCAAAGCUCGCUUCGCAAACAAGACGCAGCACGAUGGAGCGCGUGUACUCGGCCGUGUUCGGCGAGCCCAGCGCCCGGACGACGAUCCUGCGCAACCACUCGAGCUUCUUCGAGCUGCCAUCCUCCGAGCCGCUGACGCUGACGCCGGCCGUGCUCGAGAAGCACAACCACCUGCUCGAGCGCAAGGACGCCAAGGAGCGCGAGGCCAAGGCGCGGCUCGAGCGCCUCGAGUCGAAAACGCUGCGUGCGUUCCUGUAUGCGUACGGCGCCAAAGCAGCGACUGCGCUCCUCCUCGCGUCGCGCAAGUGGGGCAUGAACACGGCAUCGUACGCGGACGCGCUGCGACUGCUUUCGAAAGCCGACUCGAUCCGGUUUGGGCUCUUCGUCGGCACGAUGGUCGGCUCGUACCGCGCCGCCGAGGUGGUCGCCAACCGCGUGCGCGGCGUGCACCACGACGACCGCAUCAACAAGGCGAUCGCGGGCGCUGUCUGCGGGCUGAGCCUCCUUGUGGACGCGCCGUCGCGCCGCCCGGUCAUCUCGCUCUACAUCUUUAUCCGCAUGCUCGACAUUGUGCUCCGGCACGCCGAGCAGCCAAAGAAGUUUCUUCAAGACACGUGUCAUGUGCCAAUCAAGUACAUGACCGAGAUCCUCUUUGGCUUGUGCAACGCACCGAUAGUCUACGGCGCGCUCUUCCAGCCCGAGCUGCUGCCCAAGGGGUACUAUCACUGGAUUCUGCAGCUCGGCAACAUGACGCACGGCGGCGUCGACUACGCCAUCCGCCAGCGCUGGCGCAGCGAUACAGACGCGACGACGGGCGCGCUCAUCCCGUUCCGGCCGUGCCAGCCUCACUUUCACUUGGAGUCGUGUCUCACGCAUUCUGUCAAAGACUUGGUCUCGGGCGGUAUGGUGCGCGCAGCCAAGGUCUACCUCCCCGUGCACGCGAUCCCGUUCGUGCUUUUCCGCUCCCAGAAGCUUCAGACCGCGCCAAUCGCAUCCGUCUUGCACGUGGCCUAUGCCACGUUGCGUUCGUCGGCGUUCCUCUCGUCGUAUCAAAGCGUCGUCAAGCUCGCGAUCUGCAUUCCGCGCAAUCUUUGCCACCGCGACUAUGGCGUCACGGGGCUCAUCGCCGGCAGUCUCUCGGGCCUGAGCCUUUUCUUCGAGGACCCGAAGCGCCGGAUCGAGCUCAUGCUCUAUUGCGCCGCACGGGGUCUCGAGAUCCUCUGGACCGUCCUCAAGCACAAGCCAUUCGUGCGCGCCCUGCGCAUCAAGCACGCCGAGGUGCUCGUGUUUUGCCUCUCGAUGGCAUGCAUCAUGUCGAGUCCGUCGACGCACUUUAAGCCAACGUACUUGCACAUUGCUCGGUUCCUCUUUGGGCACUCGGUGCUGCGCUAAGAUAACUAAGACCUAAUUAUCCUGAUGACGCGACCACCAAACGGC